CGAUACUCGUAUACUUGUAUCGAUUUCCCUUCUUCUUCGCACUUCCGUUUCCGAGUGUGUUUACGACAUUUCUAUUGUAUAGUACGAGAAAAUGGCAAAGUCUAAAAAUCACACCAACCAUAAUCAAAAUCGUAAAGCCCAUCGUAAUGGUAUUAAAAAACCUAAACGUUACAGGCACGAGUCUACGCUUGGUAUGGAUUUGAAAUUCCUUAGGAAUCAACGUUUUGCAAAGAAGCAUAAUUUGAAACCAGAAGAGCAAUUAAAGAGGCAACGACGUAAAGCUCUUCGCGAGGCUAAAAAAUAAAAUGUUUGUAAAUUAAUUACUUUAUUAUAAU